AUGGUACUCGAGGAUGACUCGAAAGAAUGUGUUACGAUUCAUACUCAUCGUGGUUUGUACAGAUAUAACCGUCUACCCUAUGGAGUAUUUUCCGCACCAGGUAUUUUCCAGAGAACUAUCGAAGGCUUUCUGAAUGGCAUUCCCUUUACAGGAGUUCUCCUCGACAAUAUUCUGAUCUCUGGGUGCAACAGAUGACGAGCAUUUACAGAACCUCGAAGAAGUGAUGAAACGGCUAUCCGAAGCCGGUUUACGUUUAAAAAGAUCCAAGUGUCGUUUCAUGCAACCGGUCCUUGGUUGUCUUGGCUAUCGAAUUAGCGCCCAAGGCAUUUAUCCCGCCGAAGCCAAAGUGCAAGCGGUGACUGAAGCACCA